CUCUCCUUUUUCAUCCGCAGAAGUGUUGUGAAAAUUUUUGCUUCGUGCUGUGUUGGUCAAAUUUACUUCCCCAAAAAUUCGUGAUAUUCCCAACUAAAUCGCUCGAAAUGAUGAUUAUCGUUUUCUGAAAGUGCAAUUCACGCAUUCCAUAGGAAAAUCCGCGCAACGGUGCAUGAGGUAAGGCGUGGUACGGCGAGAUUUUGUGCAACAUUGAAAGACGGAAAAUCUUUGUUGGGGGCGGAGGACGAACAGCAGCCCCAAAACCCAGCCCCAGCAGAAGAAAAUUGUUUGGCAGCAGCAGUGUUGUGAAAAAAUAAGAUGGCCUUUUCCAGCCACAUCAGCGAUAUCGUCAAUUUGAAUGUUGGCGGAACUAGAUUCUCAACAUCGCGUCAAACUUUGACAUGGGUUCCGGAUACUUUCUUCACUUCCUUGCUCAACUCCGAAAGAAAUGGUCGCAUCUCGAGCUUACGUGAUGAAACGGAUGCUAUCUUUAUCGACCGAGACCCAAAACUGUUCUCGAUCAUAUUGAACUACUUGCGUACCAAGGAGAUCGACAUCAAGUCCUGCGAUAUCCGAGUGCUGCGACAUGAGGCUGAAUUCUACAACAUUUCACCGCUGAUCAAGAGGCUUAUGCUAUGCGAAGAGAUGGAUCAAUCAAGCUGCGGAGAUGUGCUAUUUUACGGAUAUCUUUCUGCCCCAAACAUUCCAAUACAAGAGGUUACUCUGCCUUCGUCGACAACGAGCUCCUUAAGCGGAAUGGCUGUACCUAGCUCUUCGUCUGGCUCGAACAGCUCCACUCAAACAGCUCAAUCAAAGCCCCACCACGAACCGCAAAAUGGUACAUCCUCCCAACAGAUGGUCGGCAUUUCUCCUGCAUCGAUAGCUUCCGGGAGCGGCGUGGGACAUCCACCUUCGAACCCCCGACCAGGUUCAAUGGUUCGCGUUCCUGAGUUCUCACAAAGCUCGGGUUCAUCAGGUAGCAGCACUGGAGGAGCAAGCAAUUCUCGUCAUGCUGGUCACUCUCGAAACUCAUCGUGGGAUCUCCGAGUGUCAUACAAUGGGAACGGGAGGAAUUCACAGUGGGCUCCCGGACACUCUAGGACGGCUUCGCUGGACAUGAUGCGUCACCAUUCUCGAAACUCUUCUGUCGAUUUGAACAAAUACAUGCGCAACGAUGUGGGGUUGGUGUUUGGACCGGGACAGUCAUCCGGGUGGUCCGAUCCAAUGCGUGUUCAGAUCAUCAAAGCUCACCACAACUGGAUUUUGGUGGCUUACGCGCACUUUGUCACGUGCUAUCGAUUGAAGGACUACAGUGGCUGGCAGCAGAUAUUCGUGUCCCCGUAUGUGGAGCAUCCGAUCGAGCGGAUAGCGAUAAACGCCAAAAUGAGCCUGGCCACCUCGGCCGGCGAGCAGUCUCACAGCAAAAUGGUAGCAAUCUCAUACGGCAGUCAGAUCCGACUGUGGGGAAUCUCGGAGGACGGUAGCAAGACCGACGUCGGUAUCUUCAACCUGCACGUGCGGGUCGAGUAUCUGUUCUUCAUCGGCAGCCAGCUGGUGGCCCUGUCGUCUUCCGGUAAGAUUGGCGUGUGGCAUGCGAUGACACAGCACUGGCAAAUUCAAGAUCUGGUUCCGAUUCUGGCGUUCGAUACGGCUGGAUCGUUUCUGUUGCUUGGCUGCAACAAUGGCUCUAUUUAUUACAUAGAUAUGCAAAAGUUUCCACUGAGAAUGAAAGACAACGAUCUGCUGGUAACAGAAUUGUACAAAGACCCAUCGAACGAUUCCAUAACAGCUAUUUCCGUUUAUUUGACACCGAAGACUACAACACCGGGAGAUAAAGAAGGUCUAUCUGGCAACUGGAUUGAAAUCGCCUACGGUACCAAGUCUGGAUCGGUGCGGGUGAUCGUCCAGCAUCCGGAAACUGUCGGCCAUGGACCCCAGCUGUUCCAGACGUUCACCGUGCACCAAAGCCCGGUGACAAAGGUCACCUUGUCGGAGAAAUUCCUGAUCUCGGUAUGCAGCGAGUAUAAUCAUGUGCGCACUUGGGAGGUCACACGCUUCCGAGGAAUGAUCUCCACUCAACCAGGCUCGACUCCGGAGGCGUCCUUCAAGAUUGUGUCUUUGGAGGCCGUAGACUCAACCUACAGCUACUCGGCUGGCAACGACUUCGGUCCCUUCGGAGAACAGGACGACGAACAGAUCUUCGUUCAGAAAGUAGUCCCAGACACGGAUCAGCUGUACGUUCGCCUAGCUUCCAACGGAGAGCGGGUAUGCCUGGUUCGAUCCGUCGACGGUACCACCAUAACGUCGUUCUGUGUUCACGAAUGCGAAGGAUCAUCCCGGAUGGGGUCCCGACCCCGAAGGUUCAUCCUAUCCGGCCACUGCAACGGGGCGAUCCAGAUGUGGGACCUGACGACAGCUUUGGAAAUUUUCAAAAAGAAAGAUCAAAAUAAAAAACUAGUCGGGGGUCCCACGGCGGACGAACUGAUCCGGCUGCUGGAUCAGUGCGAUCUGAGCAACAGCCACUGUUCCACACCGUGCAUGUCACCGUGUCCAUCAGCGAUCUCAACUGGAGCGGCCACCGUGGCUCGACUCAAACCGUUCAACGUAGCAUUUUUAAACCAGUCGGCAGCUGCUGCCGGUCCCGGAUGCGUUCAGCCGAAUCCGGAUCAACCGAACUGAUCUAGGCUGAGACAGCGACGAGGAAUUUGAAAGUGGCUAUGCUGCUAUCUUCAUCUGUACGAUUGAACGAGUUUAGCCGUAUGUGAUCCAAAUAUGUAAUAGACAGGAACCUAUGCUUGAAUCCUUCAUAGAUGUACUGUAAUUGUGAUUUUAUUCUUAUACGGAAAACAAUUGGACAUUUUAUUCUACUCAUGACGGCAUUCUUGAUUAUGGGAGAUUUCUGUCCUUUGUGAAUUCGACAGUACUAUUACGACACUAUUCACGUUAUCAAUAUUUAAACAAAGUUAAUCCAGAUCCAGUAGAAAGGAAUUAUAUUUUUAUUAAAAAUUUAAUAAACGUAA